AUGGCCAAUUGUGUGGGUUUUCACACUCAAAUAGCCUCCAUCAUGGAGGUGCUAGCGAAUGCAGCCGUGUUAGAGAUCUGUAAACUCGUAGACGACGACUACGCAGUGUUUCGUCUGGAAGUAACUCAAAGCCAGAAAGAAAACAGGGGAUUGCGGAGGAAACUACAUCUACUGGAACUGAAGGUAGCACGGGAGCGCGCAGAGAGGACAACGCGAGAGCGCGUCGUCGCCAGUCGACCCAGUAGUGUCAAGAUCCUCGACCGAUACAGAGGAAUGGCAAGAGGUGAAGGACAUCUCACUGGAGGCCACAAGAGCUUUGUGAAGCCAGCAGGACACAAUACAUGGAGAGAGAACCAAACAAUCACUGUUGAUGAGGGGAGUGGAACCUCAACCCAGCACGUUAUCGUGAUAGAGGCUGCAGGUCCUGGGGUCAAGCAGGAGAGGACUAAAGGAGAGAAGGAGCCACGGCACAGCGGAGACAUCCAGACUAGAGAGCCCCCUGUAGCCACGGAGGACCCCACCUCCGCCCCAGUGCCGUGUAGGACCCGACCCAGCGUCACCGAGGUCAGUGGAACGCCGAACACCGUCCUCAAGUCAGAUACAGACACUGAGACUUUAACUGCAACACACAGGCUCUUACACACAGGAUCUGACCACAGAUCAGACCCAGAGAGACUGGGGCUCGUACCACUGGUCUGUCCUCCUGCUCCUGGUUCAGAGUACUUACCCGUAUUUCACCAGAGCCAAAGAACGGUUCAUUCCCGUGGAGAUGGUGAUGGUGACACGUUAGACACGGGUGGGGAUGUUCCAUCUUGUUCUUACGCAACAGAGAUGGACCCUGACAACAUGCCCUUGGGUUUAGACACACAGGCUGAUCUGUCCAGAGGGGACUGGAACCAUUACAGUAGUAGUGGAUAUUCUGAAGGGUGCCUAAAUAAGAAAGGGGAGGUUAUAGUUAUAGAUGAAGUGACUGUGAAAGUGGAGGGCAACUCUCCUCUGACCUUGAAUGCAGAUGAGACUCACUUAGGGGAAGGACACUCACAAGGCAGAGAUUUCUUAGAUUACAGGGAAAGCUUAGAGACAAAUCCAAAUGUCGCAACCCACUCCCCUUUACACACGCUCAGGGAUCGGGACCCAGUGUCUACGUUGAUGGGGCCUUCUGAUUCACAGGGCUGCAUCCUUUUCGAUCAGGUAUUGAACUCAAAGGACCAAAGGGCCAAUGGGAGGGGUGGGGGAGCGACAUCAGGCAGUAGUAAAGAGAAACGGUUCCUCUGCAUGUUCUGUAACAAAGGCUUCAGCUGCCUCCAGAAGGUGGAGAUCCACCAGAGGGUCCACACAGGGGUGAAACCCUUCAGCUGUACCCAGUGUCACAUGUGUUUUGCUGAGGCUGGCAAUCUGAAGAGGCACCAGAGGGUCCACACAGGGGAGAAACCCUUCAGCUGUACCCAGUGUCAUAUGCGCUUCUCCCACUCGUCCAGCAUGAAGAGGCACCGGAGGGUCCACACAGGGGAGAAAUAUUAAAGCUGCCCCGAGUGUGAGAAGAGGUUUUCCCAUCAGAACUAACUGAAGAUGCACAUUUAGGUCCACAUGGGAGAAAGGCUGUUCACCUCUACGCAAUGUGGGAAGAGGUUCUCAGAGAGGAGCUACCUCAGGAUACACCAGCAGAAAAACCAUUCCACUAAAUAGCUUAUGAUGUUUAGAUCAAACCCUGCAUUAAAGACAGAUUCAUUUUCAGUAUUGUCAGCUGAAAAGAUCCACAGAUGCAAUUGGAAUGACGAGAGUGACAGAUUUCAGUGUUGAAUAUCCCUGGGUAGAAUAUUGCAUCCAGACAUUGUAUUGUAUUUAAGCCUAAAAAGUCUGUUACAUAUUGUGUUUGUACUGUGUAGGCUAUUUGAUGUAUAUUACUUACAUUCAACUACUUUAUUUUUUUCCCCCAAGACAAUUUUUAUGAGAAAAUGAUUGCAGUUUAAAUUUUGGCCUGUCCUGACUAAAAUAAAUGUUGGUCGCCCGA